AUGAGAGAACGCAGCCAGCACGGAUUCAGUGGACACGUAUUAUAUGUAGGACUAUUUAGACACCCAGGAAUGUUGCACAGGGCUAAAUACAGUAGAUUUCGGAAUGAUUCUAUAACAUCAUUAGAUGAAGGUACACCAAGUAGCUCUUUAAAUAUCAAAGGCUCCUCUUCAUCUGCACAUUCCUCAACACCUCACUUGCCAAUUGAAGAUGUCACCUUCGGGACACAGGACAGCUCCCCCACUUUGUGCACUUUGAUACCCCGAAUGGCGAACAUUAAAUUAUCCAAUCCAUCCAAUCUUCCUGGUCUAAAAAGCUUCUGUCUGGGGACAAAAGAAGUGCCAAGAAUUAAACUGACAGAGUGUGGGACUGUUCCAAGCAGCCCAGCCUCCCCAGAAAUCAGUUUAACCAGCUUCCUGCCUACGUCUCAUCUGCAGCAAGAUCUGAACAAGCCCGGUGUAAAUGCAAAAGCUCAAGAUGACUGCAUCCUGCGUGGAUUUGAUGAGCCUGCUUCUCUAAGCAAACAGGAGAAGCACCUGAUGCAAAGCAGUGAAGACACUGUAGAGACCAGCAUGACCUACUGUGUGCGGUACAUGGGUUGCAUUGAAGUUCUGCAAUCAAUGAGGUCUCUGGAUUUUGGCACGCGGACUCAAGUCACCAGGGAGGCAAUAAGCCGACUGUGUGAAGCUGUACCAGGGACAAAUGGAGCUCUAAAAAAGCGGAAGCCUCCAGUUAAGUUUCUGUCUUCUGUGCUUGGCAAAAGUAACCUUCAGUUUUCUGGAGUGAAUAUAAAGCUGACCAUCUCAACAAGCAGCCUUACUUUGAUGAAUGUUGACACCCAGCAGAUAAUUGCCAAUCACCACAUGCAGUCCAUCUCGUUUGCCUCUGGAGGUGACCCAGACACAACAGACUAUGUUGCAUAUGUAGCUAAAGAUCCUGUUAAUCAGAGAGCCUGUCACAUAUUGGAAUGUCCCAAUGGAAUGGCACAGGAUGUGAUAAACACCAUAGGACAGGCUUUUGAGCUCCGGUUCAAGCAAUACUUGAAGAACCCUUCUAGUUUGGUUACUUCCAAUGAAAGCGGGGUAAUGAAUCUCAGUGGAUCAGCUGGGAAUAUGCAGGAGAGGGAGGAUCAUGAAUAUUACAAUGAAAUUCCAGGGAAGGAGCCUCCUACAGGUGGAGUAUCAGACAUACGAACGAAAGUGCAAACAGACCAAAGGGCUAACUGUCCCAUACAAUGUGAAAAGCAAUAUUGUUUGACAGGCAGCCCCAGAUGCAUCAAUAUAUAUGAAAAUUAUCUAGAAGAAAAUAAAACAAUGGGUAACUGCGGUGAGCGAAUGCAGAAGGCAAAAAAAGAUACAGCAUUGUCAAAACCUUCCUGCAAAGUGGAUCUCUUUGAUGAUCCCAGUUACAUCAACACUCAGACCCUGCAAACUACAGUCUCUACUACUAGAGGCCUUGCAUCAACGCAGAGCUAUGGGAGCCCGCUGCAUCAUGGGAAAUUACCAGAAGCUGGUCAGCAGAGUACCACAAGCAAUAUGGCUAGUCUCUGUGUUCCACCACAAAUAAAGCAACAGCUAAGGAGUGAAGAUUGUUACCAUGGCAAAUUAAACAGGAAAGCAGCAGAAAGUCUUUUAAUCAAUGAUGGGGAUUUUUUGGUGCGAGAGAGUGCAACAUCACCUGGUCAAUAUGUAUUAAGUGGAUUGCAAGGGCGGCAGGCAAAGCACCUGCUGUUGGUGGAUCCUGGAGGCAAGGUAAGAACCAAAGACCGUGUAUUUGAUAGUGUGGGUCACCUUAUUCACUAUCACAUGGAAAAUAAUUUGCCAAUCAUCUCUUCGGGAAGUGAAGUCUGCUUGAAACAGCCAGUAAGAAAAGAGAAUAACACAGGACACAUGCAAUAUAACAAAUGACCUUAUUGGAUUUCCUGAUUCUCAAGACAGUUUGUUUAUGAACAUUGCAUUGACUAUUAUGAAACUUCAUUACUACAAAGCCAAUUCAAAAAGUAUAAACUGCACUUUUCAGUUGCUGUUCCAGAAGAUUUUUUUUGUGUUUGUACAUAUGAAUAUAUGUAUAUGUGUAUAUCUAUGUAGAUCUGUAGAGAUCAAUAUGCAUAGCUAUAUAGAUAUAUAUAGUCUUAAUCUUAACAGAAUGAAACCUAGACAGUGAGAGAUCCAUUUGUGGAAAGGUACUAUAGACAUGUACAAAUGUCACCUGUAAGGUCAUACUGAAUCAGGAAGUAUUGAAAAGCACAAUUAAACCUUUACAUGCAAAUGCUCACUUGAACAAACUGCUGGGACAUUAGUAUGUGCCUUUUAGUCGUGGAAUUAUUGGAAACAAAUAUUAUUUAUAUUGGAUUAGUUUUGAGUGCUUAGAUGAAGAUGUGUAGGCAUAGAACUAUUUGCCAAAAUAAAUACGAUUUGAAUAUUACAAAAAGGACAAUUGAUUAUUAUAGACACUAACUUUAUUUCAUUUUGCUUAUAACAGCACUUUAAUAGCAAAUAAUGUUCAAGGUGACUUGCAUACACAAUACAGAAAGAUUGACUGAUUUCUUAGUAAAAAUCAGUUUUUUAUCACUAUCAGAUUGCUUGAAGAUUUGAGAUUAUGCAACAUUUACAAAAUUGAAAUAAAAAUAUGUAAAAUAAUUUUGGAAUAUAACUUGUUACAGAACAAGCAUGCUAGAUCCUAAUAUUUUUGUGUCUUGCAUCUGGUUUUACUAUUAUUGCUGAUUAAUACCAGAAAUGUCUCUUUUAAAAGAAGUAGCUGAAUAUAUUUUUCAUUGAUUCCAUAGAUGUUUACAACAUAAGAAGCUGAAACAGAUGAUACAUUUUGAGUGAAAAAACUAUUUAAAAAAACUCUUUGCAUGUGCUGUAGUUUAUUAUACACUUCCCCAAUGACAUAAUAUCUUCCUUUUUCACUUAGAUUCCAGUUGUUCAUAAAUGUGGGGAAAAGUCUUUUAAACAAAGCAUACAGAUUACA